UGCCGCACCACUCUGUAUUUCCACUGGGGGUUGAGGCGAGGCUGCCCCGUGAACUGUGAGCUCCGUGAUCCUGUCCCUGCGACGAGAAGCAUUUCCCGACACCCGCCAUCCCUUCCGCUGCUCCCUCCAUAGUUCACAGUUAACAUACUCUAUCCCGAAACUUUAUCAUCUUCGCUUUCUCACUUGGCAACCUUAAUUCCUCUACUGAAUUAAUUCCAUGGCGUACAAAACCCUCGACUGCGUCACCUUAGCGGACGUUGAAGCUCUCGGCAUACCUCCCGUAGUUGCAGAGAAACUUCACCGUAAUCUCACUGAAAUCAUCCGUAAUCACGGACCUGCCACUCCAACCACUUGGAGCCACAUCUCCAAACACCUCCUAAACCCCAAUCUUCCCUUUUCCUUUCAUCAGAUGAUGUUCUACGGAUGCUACCGGGACUUCGGCACCGAUCCCCCUGCUUGGAUCCCUGACCCGAAGAGUGCAGUCUUUACAAAUGUUGGCCAAUUAUUGGAGAGGUGCGGGAAAGAGUUCCUAGGUUCAAGAUAUAAGGAUCCAAUUUCCAGCUUCACUGAUUUUCAGGAAUUUUCAGUUUCAAAACCUGAGGAUUAUUGGAAAACUGUAUUGGAUGAAAUAAGCAUAUCAUUUUCAGUACCUCCUCAAUGUAUCUUACGGGAGAAUCCAUCUGGAGGAAGUCCCUUGUCUUACCUAGGAGGUCAAUGGCUACCUGGAGCAUUUGUGAAUCCUGCAAAGAACUGCUUGAGUUUAAACAACAAGAGGACUCUAGAUGAUGUAAUGAUAGUGUGGCGGGAUGAAGGUGAUGAUGAUAAGCCUGUGAAAAGGAUGACACGAAAGGAAUUGUGUGUUGAGGUUUGGUCAGUUGCAUAUGCUCUUGAAACGCUGGGAUUGGAUAAAGGAGCUGCAAUUGCAAUAGAUAUGCCAAUGAAUGUCAAUGCUGUGGUUAUCUACCUAGCUAUUGUUCUUGCUGGCUAUGUAGUUGUUUCCAUCGCUGAUAGCUUUGCUUCUUCUGAAAUAUCAAAAAGACUGAGGUUGUCAGAAGCAAAGGCAAUUUUUACUCAGGAUUUAAUUUUGCGUGGAAACAAGACUCUUCACUUGUACAGUAGAGUAAUUGAUGCUCAGUCACCUAUGGCUAUUGUGAUCCCUGUUAGAAGUUCUAGCUAUAGCUUAAAAUUGCGCGAUGGUGACAUUUCUUGGAACGAUUUUCUUAGUAGAGUAAAAUAUUCAAAAGAAGAGUUUGCUGCUGUGCAACGCCCAAUAGAAGCAUUCACGAACAUACUUUUCUCAUCUGGAACUACGGGGGAUCCUAAGGCGAUUCCAUGGACCCAUGCAACACCUUUUAAAGCUGCUGCAGAUGCAUGGUGCCACAUGGAUAUCCAUAAAGGGGAUGUUGUUGCUUGGCCCACUAAUCUCGGCUGGAUGAUGGGUCCUUGGCUGGUCUAUGCUUCACUGCUGAAUGGAGCUUCUAUGGCCUUAUAUAAUGGAUCACCUCUUGGUUCUAGCUUUGCAAAGUUUGUACAGGAUGCUAAAGUAACAAUGCUUGGCGUGAUCCCAAGUAUUGUUCGGACAUGGAAAAGUAUGAAUUGCAUCACUGGCUAUGACUGGUCAUCCAUUCGUUGCUUUAGCUCCACUGGUGAGGCUUCUAAUAUAGAUGAAUACCUUUGGUUGAUGGGGAGGGCUGAAUACAAACCUAUCAUUGAGUAUUGUGGUGGCACAGAGAUUGGUGGCGGAUUUGUUUCUGGAUCAUUGUUACAGGCUCAGUCAUUGGCUGCUUUUAGCACACCAGCUAUGGGUUGCAGUUUAUUUAUUCUCGCUGAUGAUGGAAAUCCUAUUCUAGGAGAUGCACCUGGAAUUGGUGAAUUGGCCCUUGGUCCCCUAAUGUUUGGAGCUUCAAAUACACUACUAAACGCUGAUCACUAUGACGUCUACUUCAAAGGAAUGCCUGUUUGGAAUGGGAAGGUUUUGCGAAGGCAUGGGGAUAUGUUUGAGCGUACUUCUCAAGGGUACUAUCGUGCACAUGGUCGUGCCGAUGAUACCAUGAAUCUUGGGGGUAUUAAGGUAAGCUCCAUUGAGAUUGAACGCAUUUGUAAUUCAGUCGAUGACAGCAUCCUUGAGACAGCUGCCAUUGGUGUGCCGCCUGCGGGAGGUGGACCUGAGAAUUUGGUAGUUGCUGUUGUGUUCAAGGAUUCAAAUUCCUCACCACCAGAUUUAAAUCAGCUGAGGAUCUCAUUUAAUUCAGCAGUGCAGAAGAAAUUAAAUCCUUUAUUCAGGGUUUCUCAUAUUGUUCCACUCUCAUCUCUUCCUAGGACAGCAACAAAUAAGGUUAUGAGAAGGGUGUUGCGGCAGCAGUUUGCUCAACUCAAUCAAAAUUCUAGUCUAUGAACUUUUUUUUUACGUUCUUGCAGAAAACUAUGUAUCGAGGCCUCUUUUCAUCCCCCUAUAUGUUUACAAUAACCUAUUAAUUCAGACAGGUGUUUUUGUUCGAGCUGCCUUGUGAAGGAUUUGAGAGAAGGGUAAAAAUAUGUAAAAAUUUUUAUGGUGAAUUGUUGACCAAUAGGAGGAUGAGAGGCAAUUGGUGUUUCAGUGAUGUGUUUCGGCUUAUGAUUAGUUUGUAAUCUAUGGCUCAGUAAUAUCUGAGCUAUUUUGUUGCCUCAUCUUGCCUUAUGGCUAACCUUGGAUAUGCCAUUGCAGAAAACAUUUUUUUGCGUGUAUUACAA